AUGAACCUCCUGCCGUGUAACCCGCACGGUAACGGGCUGCUCUACGCCGGCUUCAACCAGGACCACGGAUGCUUUGCAUGUGGGAUGGAAAAUGGAUUCCGAGUCUAUAACACCGACCCACUAAAAGAAAAAGAGAAACAAGAAUUUCUGGAAGGAGGAGUUGGCCAUGUUGAAAUGUUAUUCCGCUGCAACUAUUUAGCUUUAGUUGGUGGUGGGAAGAAGCCAAAAUAUCCUCCCAACAAAGUGAUGAUCUGGGAUGACCUGAAGAAGAAGACUGUCAUUGAAAUAGAAUUUUCUACAGAAGUCAAGGCAGUCAAAUUGCGGCGAGAUAGAAUUGUGGUUGUUUUGGACUCUAUGAUUAAGGUGUUUACAUUCACACACAAUCCCCACCAAUUGCACGUCUUUGAAACCUGCUAUAACCCUAAAGGCCUCUGUGUCCUGUGCCCGAACAGCAACAACUCCCUGUUGGCCUUCCCCGGGACUCACACGGGCCACGUGCAGCUCGUGGACCUGGCCAGCACCGAGAAGCCACCUGUGGACAUUCCUGCCCACGAGGGCGUUCUGAGCUGCAUUGCUCUCAACCUGCAGGGAACAAGGAUUGCAACCGCAUCUGAAAAAGGGACCCUUAUAAGAAUAUUUGAUACUUCAUCAGGGCAUUUAAUCCAGGAGCUACGAAGAGGAUCUCAAGCAGCCAAUAUUUAUUGCAUCAACUUCAAUCAGGACGCAUCCCUCAUCUGCGUGUCCAGUGACCACGGCACAGUGCACAUCUUCGCUGCUGAGGACCCAAAAAGGAAUAAGCAGUCGAGUUUGGCAUCAGCCAGUUUCCUUCCAAAAUACUUCAGUUCCAAGUGGAGUUUUUCCAAGUUUCAGGUUCCCUCAGGCUCUCCAUGCAUUUGUGCCUUUGGAACAGAGCCAAACGCUGUCAUUGCAAUCUGUGCAGACGGCAGCUACUACAAAUUCCUGUUCAACCCCAAGGGGGAGUGCAUCCGGGAUGUCUACGCCCAGUUUCUAGAAAUGACCGACGACAAGCUGUGA